AUGUCUAGUGAGGAACAAAUGAUGGUGAAAAAAAUUGUGGAUUGUGCAUCGAAAGUAAUAAAACCAAUAGCCACUUCAAACAAGAAGCAUAUUGAGGAGGCACUCGUUGUCGGACAAGAUUCUGCAUCCAAAAGACUUGAGGAGCUGAUUCAUUCACAGCAGCACAAAACUUGGUCUCGUUAUGGCCUAGUUGGGAAGGGUGGGGCUGGUAAGACUCUACUUCUCAAACGAGUCUUUAACAGUGAUAGCCUCUUUUGCAAUCACUUAAUGCUUUGGCUUACUGUUUCACAAAAUCCGUCUUUCAAUGCUCUGAGAAAUGACCUUGUAAAUCAACUAAGUGUUAAAGCAAAUGAAAGAUUUGAGAUUAGAGAGGAAGACCAUGUGAAAGCUUGGUUGCACGAGAUCAUGAAUAGACACAAGUUUGCCCUGUUCCUAGACGAUGUCUGGGAAACGAGUGCAGACUGCUUGUUAGAUGAGCUUUGUGUGCCUCACUCUCCACACCACAGCUCCAACAUCAUCAUUGCCACUUCCAGAAGUAGCAGAGUGCUCUCAAAGUUGGGUGUUUCAUCUUCAUCAAUCAUCCAAAUGCAAGACUUGACUGAGGAUGACAGUUGGAGAUUGUUUUCUUCUCAUGCGUUUCCUCAGAGCGAUGGAGUUUUGCCUAUGAACAUUGACCAAGAUAUAGCGAGGCGUGUCUGCAACAAGUGCGGGGGCCUUCCAUUAGCCCUUAAAGUAAUCGGGAGUAGAAUGGUGGGCAUCACUGGAUCAAAUGAAUGGAAACUUCAACUUCAGAGGUUGGAGAAAGCUGAUACAAGCUCGCUUUAUAGCACCUUGAGAUCAAGCUACGAUGCGUUGGCCGAAGUGGAGGAUGAUGGCAUUUCCUUGCAGUUGUGCUUCAUCUGCCUCGCUGCUUUCAAGGAAGACGAAGUCAUCUAUGUACCCACUGCUAUAAAAUACUGGAUUGGAGAAGGGUUGAUUGGCGGGCUAGCUCGCUAUCAAAUUGGAGUUAGAUACCUCAAUUUUUUAGCCGACCGUUGUCUUAUUGAACCCCUCUCCAAGGAUAACGAUGGAGAUGUACGCCUUUUCCGAAUGCAUGACGUUGUGCGGGAUUUAGCACAUCAAAUUGCUGAGGAAGAAGAGAAAUGCUUCUUUCGGACAGGCAGAGAUUUAAGAGAGUUUCCAGAUGUUGACUGGUCGGAAUACACGAGAAUCUCCUUCAGGAACAAUCGUUUGACUAGAGUUCCCAGGACAUUUGGCGCUCCACAUAUCAGCUCCUUGCUGCUUACUGGUAAUUCCUGUUUGACAGAAAUUCCAGAAGAGGUGAUUGGGAGUAUGACCGCUCUCGGGGUCCUGGAUUUGUCAUCGACUGCUCUCCAGUUGCUGCCAGAAAACAUGGGAUGUUUAAAGCAUUUAGUUUGCCUGAGUUUGAACCUUGGUUCUUGUGAACAUCUGCUGUACGUGCCUCGUGGGAUCGCUGACAUUAAAUCUCUUCGAUAUCUGAAUGUAUAUGGAUGUCCAAAUGCAUGGGCACAGAUAGGAUGGAAAGAGUCCACAAGGGAUCUGUUAUCAAUUAAUGAUUUGGGCAUCCUUCAACGACUCAGAAAGUUGACUCUUGCAAAUUAUGGUAAAAUAGUUAGAGAAGGAAUCCUGGGAAUGAUGGAGCAGAUGCAGCGUCUAACUUUGGAUCUGACAAAUAUGGAAAGCCUACCCCACGACAUGACUGCCAUGUCGAAAUUGAAGAAACUCACUCUAACAUGUCCUCAGUUACUCCAAAUAGAAGAUUCAUUUUGUGGGUUUCAACAUCUGAACUACAUUAGUUUGUUUAACUGUGACAUGUUGAAACAACUACCUGACUUGCACAAACUUCCUAAGCUAAAGCACCUCAUGAUUAUUGAGUGCCCCAGCAUUGAGAAGUUUCCAGAUGAAUUCGGUAAGGUGGGAGCAUUUCCAAUGUUAGAGGAAUUUUCUGUAGUGGAGCUGGAGAAGCUAGAGCAGAUGCCAAUUCUGGAAGACGGAGCACUGCCUUCGCUUAAAAUAUUAACAAUAAUGAAGUGUGAAGCAUUGCAGAUUUUGCCACAGUGCUACUGGAAUUUGAAGAGUAUAGAAAAGAUAAGAGUAUAUGGCUGCUCUAAAGUUUUAAUUACAAUGGAAGAAAACUUUAUUGAGGCAAAUACCAAAGUAGAGCUAUUGAGAUUAUCUGCAACAGAAACUCAAGCAUUCCAAGAGCGCUUCAAUCAGAUGUUUUUAAAAGAGUUCUAA